AUGCGAUUUCUACACUCAUUAAUUCCCUCUUUACUGGUACUGGGUGCAGGCGUGGCCCAGGCAGCUUCGUCAUGGAGUUUUGACGAAGCAGUCAUCUCUGUUACUGGAAAGUCUGGUGCUAGCAGCGCAUUCAAGGACAAACUUUCAGAUCAUGUCCCUCUUGCGAAGCCAGUGACACUAGGAGCUACAGAUUCGCUGAAAAUUGUCUUGACAGCUACUGAAGCCGGUACUGCGAAACGACCACAUCAAGCUUUCUUGCUAUUGAGGGAUCAGGAUACUGGCCUAGAGACAACUUUCCCCUUUUCCGUGAAGGAGAACGGAAAGGGAAAGGUUGACUUUACACAAAAAGACCUCCCAGUCCAACUCCUCCUCUCGAGCCAACCUCUCCGCGCAACCCUCCUUCUUGCUUCCUUUGGCUCGACCCAAGCAUUCAGCAACCAUGUCUUCAAUCUCGAAGUCAAGACCGAUCCUAAUGUUCCUCUGCCAAAGUAUGAGAAGCCAUUGAGAUACGGGAAGCUGGAUGAGAUCCACCACAUAUUCAGACCAGAUCCAAAGAGCGGACCAAUGAUCAUCUCGUUAUUCUUUGUGUUGGCUGUAGUCGCUACCGUGCCGAUAUUACUUGGAACCUGGGCAUACCUUGGAGCCAAUCUCUCCCACGUCUCAAAGGCUAUGGGCACAGCACCAAUCUCUCACUCCCUAUUCUUCGGCUCGAUCCUGUCGAUGGAGGGCCUCUUCUUCCUUUACUACUACAGCUGGACUUUGUUCCAGAUCUUGCCUGUUGCUGGCGUAAUCAGCACUGUCAUUUUCUUGAGUGGAACUAAGGCUUUGUCCGAGGUGCAGAGCCGUCGCUUGGCUGGCGAACGGUAG